AUGUCGCUGUCUCGCUCGGAGGAGAUGCACCGGCUCACGGAAAAUGUCUACAAGACCAUCAUGGAACAGUUCAACCCCAGCCUGCGGAACUUCAUCGCCAUGGGCAAGAAUUACGAGAAGGCGUUGGCAGGUGUGACGUAUGCUGCCAAAGGCUAUUUUGACGCUCUGGUGAAGAUGGGCGAGCUGGCCAGUGAGAGCCAGGGCUCCAAAGAACUCGGGGAUGUUCUCUUCCAGAUGGCCGAAGUCCACAGGCAGAUUCAGAAUCAGCUGGAAGAAAUGCUGAAGUCUUUUCACAACGAGCUGCUCACACAGCUGGAGCAGAAGGUGGAGCUGGACUCCAGGUACCUGAGUGCUGCACUGAAGAAAUACCAGACGGAGCAGAGGAGCAAAGGUGAUGCACUGGACAAGUGCCAAGCUGAGCUGAAGAAACUCCGCAAAAAGAGCCAAGGGAGCAAAAACCCCCAGAAAUACUCGGACAAGGAGCUACAGUACAUCGACGCCAUCGGCAACAAGCAGGGUGAGCUGGAGAGCUACGUGUCCGACGGUUACAAGACCGCCCUCACAGAGGAGAGGAGGAGGUUCUGCUUCCUGGUGGAGAAGCAGUGCGCCGUGGCCAAGAACUCCGCCGCCUACCACUCCAAGGGCAAGGAGCUGCUGGCACAGAAGCUGCCGUUAUGGCAGCAGGCCUGCGCCGACCCCAACAAGAUCCCUGACCGCGCCGUGCAGCUGAUGCAGCAGAUGGGCAACAGUAACGGCUCCAUCCUCCCCAGUGGCCUGUCAGCCUCCAAGUCCAACCUGGUCAUCUCAGACCCCAUUCCGGGGGCCAAGCCCCUGCCGGUGCCCCCCGAGCUGGCCCCGUUUGUGGGGCGGCUGUCUGCCCAGGAGAACGCACCCGUCAUGAACGGCGUCUCGGGCCCAGACAGCGAGGACUACAACCCGUGGGCUGACCGCAAGGCCGCCCAGCCCAAGUCCACAUCUCCCCCGCAGUCUCAGAGCAAGUUGAGCGACUCCUACUCCAACACGCUUCCUGUGCGCAAGAGCGUGGCGCCCAAGAACAGCUACGCCACCACCGAGAACAAGACCCUGCCGCGCUCGAGUUCCAUGGCCGCCGGCCUGGAGCGCAACGGCCGCAUGCGGGUGAAGGCCAUUUUCUCCCACGCGGCCGGGGACAACAGCACUCUGCUAAGCUUCAAGGAGGGCGACCUCAUCACCCUGCUGGUGCCCGAGGCCCGAGAUGGCUGGCACUAUGGAGAGAGCGAGAAGACCAAGAUGCGGGGCUGGUUUCCCUUCUCCUACACCCGAGUCCUGGACAGCGAUGGAGGGGACAGGUUGCACAUGAGCCUGCAGCAGGGCAAGAGCAGCAGCACGGGUAACCUCCUGGACAAGGAGGACCUGGCCCUCCCGCCCCCCGACUACGGGACGUCCUCCCGGGCCUUCCCCACCCAGACGGCCGGCACCUUCAAGCAGAGGCCCUACAGCGUGGCCGUGCCCGCCUUCUCCCAGGGUCUGGAUGAUUAUGGGGCGCGGGCCGUGAGCAGGAACCCCUUCGCCAGCGUCCAGCUAAAGCCAACAGUGACCAACGACAGGUCUGCCCCGCUCCUCAGCUGA